UUUAGUUAAGAUGUCAUGAUGUUUGCAUGAUGUCAAGUGGAUGUGAUGUGAGCUUGAGGACAGGCGACGACCUAUUGGAUAAUGUUCUGUGGUGAUGUGUUUUUGAAGUGAAAAGCAACAAGUAUUCGUGUUUCUUCGCUCGAACUUCUUGCUUCAAUGACAAAAUAAAGUUCCUCCCGGCUUAUCACUCUAGUAUUGGCAUGAAGAUAUAUUUUAAGUUUUAUUUUUAACAGUACUGUUUCUAUGUUACUACGACUUUCUUUAAUGUAGUGAUAGAACUGAUAGAAUUUAAUAUCAUCCUGCAAAGGCAAACUUCAAUGUUGUCUUCGUUUGUGCUUUGUUCUGUGUCACUUAAUUUUCAAGAUUUUAUGAUUAUUAAAUAUCUUUUGUUAACUCAGUGAUAAAAAUCAAAGUAUUUUUGUGCUAAAACAUACUUAUCAUUAACUUGGAGCAAAGCUACACUCCGCUCAGCUACACAUAAACUAUCGAAUAAAUGAUUAGUGAUUUGUUUUUCUCUUGUUGUAAAGUGUUUUAUCCAUUCAGAUUUACAGUCUACAUUUGCUUUUGUCAUCAAUUUGUUGUUCUAUGUUUAACACAUAAAAUAUUUAUCAUGUGAAAUAAUUUUAGAACCUCAGUGUGUUAUUGGAGUUAAGUAUUUCAUGAGUAAGACUGACUUGAGCCUUGGAAUUGUUUACAUUUAAAUUUUCUGCAGGUUUUUGGAUUGUUUGUGAUUAAAUAUUUUGUGUUAUAAACUAAAAGUGAGUGAAAUAAAAUUCAAGAUACUACAGAGAGGAAUUUCCAACCUUUAUGGUGCUAGUACCGCGGUGAAGGCGACGGCAUGUGGCGCGGCGCGCGGGUGCUCCUACUCGCGGCGCUGGGCCUCCUGGCCGGGCCUUCGCAUGCCGCCAAAAAAUAUAACAUCACCAUCGGCUAUUUACCCUCAAUAAAGGGUGAACUGCGAGACAGACAGGGGUUGGCUAUUUCCGGGGCUUUGUCUAUGGCACUUGAAGAGAUCAACAACAGUUCCCGAAUCUUACCGGAAGUGGAGCUGUUGUUGCAAUGGAACGACACCCAGUUCAACACGAUCACGGCGACGCGGCUUCUCACCGACAUGAGUUGUUCUGGCGUCGUCGCGUUUUUCGGACCCGAGGGCCGGUGCAACACUGAGGCCAUCAUCGCACAGUCUAGAAAUCUGCCAAUGAUCUCAUAUAAAUGUUCCGAUUACCAAAUUUCAUCUCUGUCCAACUUCGCUAGACUCGAGCCUCCAGACACACAGGCGACAAAAUCAGUGAUAUCGCUGCUUCGUUACUACCGAUGGAAUAAAUUCUCCAUUCUUUAUGAAGAGGCAUGGGUGACUGUAGCACUGACGCUUGAGAACCACGCAAAGAAAAAUAAUAUGACUGUGAACCACCUUCGACCGGUGCUGGAUGGUUUCAAAUGCUGCGAGGAGAAGCUCACGUGCUGCGCGCCUGGAUUCUGGUACCAGUUUAUACAAGACACCAAGAACAGAACUAGAAUUUACGUGUUCUUGGGGUCGACCACGGGUCUGAUCGACAUGAUGACGGCGAUGGAGUCACUACAGUUGUUCGUCAAGGGAGAGUACAUGGUCAUAUUCGCCGAUAUGAUGACAUACUCGCCUAAGGAAUCUCUUAAAUAUUUGAUGAAAGCGGACGAACGCGGGCUCACGAACUCCCAGCUGGUGUGCCCCAAGACUGAGGAGUUCAGGAAACGCGCGCAGUCCCUACUGGUGGUGGUGUCGUCGGAGCCGGCCAGCACUUACGAGCAGUUCACCGCCAAAGUGCGCCAAUACAACUCCAUGAAACCUUUCUCCUUCCCGCUGCCGGCAGUCUUCAAUAAUAAAUUCAAUAAGUUCGUGUCUAUAUACGCUGCAUAUCUAUACGACUCAGUACAACUGUACGCGACUGCUCUGGACAAGUUGAUUAGGGAGGAGACGGAGAAGGAACCCCUGACGUACAGCAAACUGAUGAGCGUAGCCACCAACGGCUCCCGGAUUAUCGCCAAAAUGAUCGAGAGCACGCCCUAUAGAAGUGUGUCCGGAAUGACGAUCCGCCUCGACGAGCGGGCGGACUCUGAGGGGAACUUCUCGGUGCUGGCGUUCAAGAGGAUGAACUUCAGCGACGAGGACAUCGACUGUUCGCACAGCAUGAUCCCCGUCGGACACUUCCAGCAGAGCACGAGGCAGUAUCCGCUAUACAGACCCAACUCGCUCCUACCAGUUGACUGGCCAGACAGUGUCAAACCAGAAGACGAGCCUUCCUGCGGGUUCUUGAACGAGAAAUGUCCCAAAGACGAUUCCCAGAUCACGUCACUAGUAGUCGCGGGAACGUUAGCGGUUACUUUAUUUUGCGCGCUGGUUGUCACUAUCAGUAUAUACCGCAAGUGGAAGAUAGAGCAGGAGAUUGAGGGGCUGCUGUGGAAAGUGGAAUUGCAAGAGAUAUCCGGGUAUCUGGGAAGCGGCAUGAUGUGGUCGCCUAGUAAGCUAAGUUUGGCGAGUGGCAUAUCAUGCGAGAGUAGGUGCUGUCCACAGAUAUUUACUCCUACAGCGCGCUACAAGGGAAACGUCGUUCGAAUCAAAGAGUUAAAAUUCUCUAAAAAGAAGGACAUCCCCCGCAACGUGAUGAAGGAGAUGCGCUUGCUCCGUGAGCUGCGGCACGACAACCUCAACUCGUUCAUCGGCGCGGUCGUGGAGCCGCUGCGGGUGCUGAUCAUCACCGACUAUUGUGCCAAAGGGAGUUUAUAUGAUAUAAUUGAAAAUGAAGAUAUAAAGUUGGACAAUAUGUUUAUUUCUUCAUUGGUACAUGAUCUCAUAAAGGGUAUGACGUUUAUUCAUACUUCGCCAUUAAUAUUUCACGGAAAUCUCAAAUCCUCGAAUUGUGUGGUUACAUCUCGUUGGAUGUUACAGGUUACAGACUUUGGUCUUCAUGAUUUAAGAUAUAGCGCUGAAAACGAUUUUAUAGGGGAACAUCAAUAUUAUAGAGGUUUAUUAUGGAAGUCGCCAGAGUUGCUUAGAGAGUUGGAAAAUCCAAAUGGCACUGUUGGGGGAACGCAAAAAGGAGAUGUGUAUGCGUUUGGUAUAAUUCUUUACGAGAUGAUUGCGAGGCGGGGGCCGUUUGGACCCACCAAAUUGGAACCAAAAGAUAUAGUAGAGCGAGUAAAGAGGCCGAAGUUGGAUGGCGAGGAAGUAUUCCGCCCGGACACGAGCCUGCUGGAGGGCACGGCGGACGACUACGUGAUCGCCUGCAUGAAGGACUGCUGGGCCGAAGACCCCAAUCUGCGGCCAGACUUCCCCACCAUCCGCACUCGACUCAAGAAAAUGAAGUCUGGCAAGUCACGAAACAUAAUGGAUCAAAUGAUGGACAUGAUGGAAAAGUAUGCUAAUAAUUUAGAAGAAAUAGUCACCGAGCGAACGAGGUUGCUCAUAGAAGAGAAGCAGAAGACAGAAGAUUUGCUGCACAGAAUGUUACCUAAGUCUGUAGCCCAUCGGCUUACGACUGGGGAGGGCGUGGAGCCGGAGUCUUUCGACUCGGUCACGAUCUACUUCAGCGACAUCGUGGGCUUCACGGCGAUGUCGGCGGAGAGCACGCCGCUGCAGGUGGUGAACUUCCUCAACGACCUGUACACGGUGUUCGACAGGGUCAUCAGGGGGUACGACGUGUACAAAGUGGAGACUAUAGGAGACGCUUACAUGGUGGUCUCGGGACUGCCAAUAAGAAAUCAAGAUAGGCAUGUGGGUGAAAUCGCGUCCAUGGCCUUAGAGCUGCUUAAUGCAGCAAAGAGUCACAAAAUAUCUCAUAGACCAAAUGAAACUCUCAAAUUAAGAAUAGGAAUACACACAGGUGCCGUAGUAGCAGGAGUGGUGGGCCUGACGAUGCCUCGUUACUGUUUGUUCGGCGAUACUGUGAACACGGCGUCCCGCAUGGAAUCCAACGGCGAGCCGCUGCGCAUACACAUAUCCCCCAGCUGCAAGGCGGCACUUGAUAAGAUAGGGGGGUACAUCGUCGAACCAAGGGGCACGAUACCGAUCAAAGGGAAAGGACAACUGCAAACGUACUGGCUGAUCAGCGCGACGGACAAGGCGGUCCAGAAGAGGCCAGUGGAGGGCGAGGAGCAGCCGCUGUUCUGCCGCCCGCGCCGCAGCCCCAGGCUGGCCGACUCCCGCCACCCUUCCGUCUCGGAGUCUCGCAACGAGAUGAAUUGGGGCACGAGCGUGAUCCGGCAGCGCGUGGCGAGCGGCACGCGCUCGGCCGGCUCGGGCGGCGCGCGCGGCUCCCGCGGCUCGCUGGCGCGCGCCGACCCCGCCCACACCGCCCACCCCGCCCGCGCCAGGCACGCAUUGAGUUCAAUAGCGUCGUCGACGGCGGACUCGGGCGGGUCGGAGCGCGGCCCGCUGCGCGGCGCCCAGUCGCUGGACGCGCUGGCGGGCCGCCGCGAGCCGCGCCUGCGCCGCGACCACACCACGCGCUCCCUCGACAACGACGUGCCGCUGCCCACAGUCUCCGGCGACCCGCUUCUCUUCAACGGCACCAUCAUCGGCAUCGUCACCGAGGACAGCCCCCUGCUUCGCAAGUGCAGCCUCUACAACAAAUUCGACCGCCCCAAAAGAAAAGUUCAGGACUCGUCCUACAUAGAAUACUACAAGAAGUGGAGGUCGCUGGAGAACGUGGCGGACGGAGUGGCGGACUCGAGGAAGCGUCGGUUCGGCAUCCGCUCGUGGCUGCUCGGCAUCUUCAGCACUCGCAGCAGCAGCUCGUCCCUGCGCCGCGCGCCGCCGCUGCUGGACCGCGAGUCCGCCGUGUGAGCUGCGACGGCGGACCACGUGAUAAAUACUUAGUCGUCCCGAGCGAAUAUAGUAAAAUUCACGCGUAGUACCUACGGUAUUUUUUCAAACGACCAGCAUUCGAUCUCUAAAACGGUGAAAACUUUUAGUACAAUGUAAACGGUUAUGAUGUAUAUAAUAUAUACAAGAAUAAAGAAUAGGUACGUUAUUACUAAAGCUGGCAUUAUUCUCUUGAAAAAUAAAUUUUGCGUGUUAUUUUGCAUAUUUGUGUGUUCUGUGCUCGCGAUAGAUCGUAGUCAACUUAAGUAAAAACAAUUGUGCAAUAUUUUCGAUACAAAUUAUACAACAGAUGAAACAAACUUAAAGAGUGCAUUACAUAUCAUCAUUAAAACAUGAACAUUCUUCCAGAAUGAAGUAAAUUAGUCAUUGUCUCUAAAUCGAGAGGCUGUAGUUAGCCUGGGCUUGUUGGCCUAAUCAUCCUACUCCAUUUAAAUGUAUAUUAGUUUAUAUGUAUAUGAAAUGCUGUUGUAAAUAAUAUAUGUAAGUAAAACGAUGUUACCGUCAAUUGUGAAAUAAGAGUUUAAUGUUAUUAAAUAAUUUCUAUCGAAUAA